UUUUAGUCAUAAAGUAGUCGCCAACAGCAUGCUGAGAACUAUAUCGAUUUGUGUGCUCAUCGUCUUCAGUGGGGCCAUCAUGGCAGAAGGAAAACCUUUCCUUAUUAAGGUUUUCGCUCCCAGCGGUGGCUACUCCAGUGCCAGUUACCAGAAUGCAGUGGGAGCAUCGCCUGUCACCAGUCAGCUUAUCUCUAGUCUUAUCUCAUCAAAAAUUCAACUGUUGAACAACGUGCUACAGACCAAGUCUUCUUCCGGGGGCUUCCGCAUUGGUUUCAAUAAGUCUGUAAAUUUCUUUGGCCCCACUAGCGCCACGAGCACCACCGAAAAGCCUGUGACCCACCAUACCACCGAGGUAAACACAGACUUUACUCCGGAUGAAUCUAGUAGGACUACUCAACUUUUUUACUCGACAACAACAGAAAGUUCUGUCGAAACGCCGAUCCCCACAAUACAUCCCGAGCCACCAGCCAGUACCACUUCAGUGAUCACAAUAGAGAGCACCACAUCCGUAACACAACCACCCAUCUUGACGACAGCGAAAUCUGGAUACUCCUAUCGCACCCCCACUACCCUCACCCAUUAGUUCCGUGAAAAUCAAUUUUUUGUCAACUCAAAUAACGUAGCCCUAGCAAUGUUCGCAAAUGAGUAAACUUCUAUAAUUAAGUAA